UAUUCAUCGCUAUCCUUGAUUGGUCACGAACGACGUGAUGCGCACUGAUAGCUGCGGAGAACUGCGUUUGUGUUUAUGAAGGAGUGCAUAUGGAUUCACAGAGCCGUCAUAGCUAAAAUCAUCAAAGGCUCUGGAAGUCCGUUAACAUGGACUAUAUGAUCACGAUACCUCAAAUGACGCCUUGAAGUACAGAGUUAUAGAAGAAAGUUAGCAAGAAAUCAAGUUCUACCAAAGUAAUUUAACACUACGGCUUCAAAUAGGGCAAAAUAAAAGAUAUAAACAGAGAGUGGUUCCAUAGAGUUUAUUCUUGGUGGUGAGUUUAUGCACCUCACAUUAGCUGCCGGUUCCAGGCUAAACUACACUCAGGCACAACAGCAGUGCAUGGAGGCAGGGUACCACGACUUGGCUGUGGUUGACUCACAAACUGAAUACGACAGAAUGAUCGAAUACUUCAAAACUCAAUAUGGUGUCGGGUUUGUGCUGCCUUCUGAUUUCUGGAUUGGCAGUUUCUGGGAGUACGACGGGACCAAUUGGACGAGCGUGUGGCCAAUGUGUGACACCGUUAUCCCUGUAACAUGGGCCGUUUGGGAUAAUGGCGAACCAGACAGUAUUGGUAUUCAAACGUGCAACAGGAUCCAUAGUACUCUGAAGUAUAGAACGUACUACUGUUACGGGCUUUAUGACGCUCUCUGUGAGAAAUCAGAUUAUCAAUCAUGCGGAUCGAACGAGACUUCCUCCCCGGCCCCGGGAUGCAAGUUCUUCGCUCCGUGCUGGUGGACCCCGGCCAAGAUCGGCCUCAUCACAGGCUUCGCCAUUCUCGCGGUGUUCUUCUGCCUGUGCUGCAUGGUCUGGAAAUGCUGCUGUGGAAAACAGACACAGGUAGGUGAUGAGUUUCAAAAUGAAGAGGAGGACGAUGGCGACGAAAAUCCCAACCAUCCGCCCCCUAACGGCAGCGUGCAUCAGCUACCGAGAAUAAGCGAUGUUCGAAAGAACCACAACAUUGAUGAGAGCCCCGUGCCGGCCGCCCCGGCCCCCAAGAUCCGCUCCGUCAUACUGCGGCCCGAGGACGCGCCGUGGCUUAGCCCGGAAGAGCUGAGUUUUAGCGCCAGGCACGCUUACAGAGAGUGACCUAACGUCACCCAUGAAGCCCGUGGUUACCACUUUUAUAGACUUGAUCAUAUCAAUAUGAGCCUCGCUCUGGGAAAAGGGAGUUUAAUGCAUGUGCGCAAAGAUUCGCACCAGAUUAGCCUGUUCAUUCCGCACAGGCUAUUCAGGGACGACACUUUCCACAUUUACUUGAUAUAUGAGAACUUCCUUUGAACGAACAUUCCAUAAAAGGGAAAAGGGUCAUCCCAGACUAGCAUUAAAUCCCGUUUUUCCAAAGAGGGGCUCAUAAAGAAGUGCUUAGACAAAACAAAAACAAACGACAAGCAAUUUUAAAGUAUUGUAUUCAUCAACUAAUAUAUGCACUCAAUAAUAGAGAUAAAAUGUAUAUACAUUUACGUGCUUUUGUUAAUAUAGACGGUAUUUUUGCCGCUUAUGUUAUCAAUGUAUCGUUUUGUGUGAAGACUGCAUAUAUUUUUUGAUUACGUUGUAAAUGUUUUUUCCAGAUAAAACUCGUCCUUAAAAAUUCUUGUUAAUAGCAAAAGGCUUGCCUGAGUAAUUUGUGUUGAGUAAAAGACAAACCUCUGCAAAUAUUUUGUUUAUUAUAUAUUUGUACACAAAAACCGUCUCCAGUUUUGAUGGCAUUUUAAAAGGUUACAUGCCAAAAGCUACAACUUUGUGGCUUGUGAUUACUAAUAUGCAGUUUGUUCACAUUUUGAUAUUGGUAUGUUCUGUGCAUUUGUAUUUACUAUCUGACACUAGGAUCGUGGCCAUUCAUGAACCAUUUUUGUAAAUGACCAGUUCUAAAAGUCUGGAUCUUGUGGUA